GCUGUCUACAAAGAUAUUCAUCGGAAUCCCGAGCUCUCCUGCCAGGAGGAACGCACAGCGCAAAUCGCCACAGGCAGCCUAAGGGCGCUGGGCUUUUCAGUCCAUGACGGUAUUGGGGGAACCGGCGUUGCCGGCAUCCUCGACAAUGGACUUGGCUGUACUGUCCUCCUUCGGGCUGAGCUCGACGCCCUGCCCAUUCCCGAGAAAACAAACCUCCCCUACCGCAGCACCACGCGCAUGGUCGACACAGAUGGGGAAGAGAAGCCUGUCAUGCAUGCCUGCGGCCAUGAUCUCCAUAUAGCUGCUCUUUUGGCCGCCGCGGAGCUGCUUGCCGCCGCAAAGCAUUAA